AUUAAUUUAGAGUCUAAUUCGCAGCCACCGUCAAUCACGGAUUCACGAAGAAACCACCGAGUUCACCAUCCGAGUUAUCGCUUCCGUGCAACUCGGUAUCAACAUUACCGUCUAACAGAGUAUGCAACUCGUCAGAGCCACCAGAUAAGUUCAAUAAGGCAGUGGGAGUGAAACCCAAUAACCACGACUCUGAACAUGUUAUUUGUCAGGUGAAAUCUACUUGACAAAAUUGUUAUUGUGGCUGAAACUGCUACUGCCAAGGGUCAAAGCCUUACAAUGUUCUGCUUAAUAAAAGAUUAAGUUAGAUUAUAAUUGCUUUUAUGAACACAUUUUGGUCUUGAGGCCUUUACUAAUUCUAUUUUAGUUAAAUUUAUUUCACUAGUUCAUUUUGAAAUGAUCUAUUUCCUUGUAUAUUAACGUUGGUAAACUUUGUAAUUGGUAUAGGUCAAGAGGUUAAUCGUUGUCGAGACAGACGAAAUUUACAAGGGACGCGAGCAGAAGUAGGAAAAUCAUUGAGCUCUUUGUCCUUCUUGGUCAUAAACCCUCAGGACAUGAUUGACUAAGUUUUCUUUGCUCAUCUUAUAGUGUAAAGUUGUUGAUUCUCUCUUUUAACUCACCAUUUUAGUUAAUGGCUGCUGGUAGUAUCUUAAAAGUAUAUAUGCUCUAAAUGUUGUAUAUUGUAUUGAAGAUUUGGACAAGACUAUAAAGUAUAUAUGCUCAUACUUGUUCAGUUUUGGAAUUGAUACUUUGCACUUACAUUCUUGAUAUAACAUGUGUAUGAAAUUUGGCAUGUUCUACACUAAAUUCCUUUGGACGAAGCUUUUGUGAAAACAAGAUAUACCGGAAGGCAAAUAUUCAAAUUCUUUUCUUGGAUAUAUGGGCUUGAAGAUUCACAUUUACACAUUUCCUUGUUCUUAUUUUAAUUGAUACAGUGUUGCUGUCUUUUUGUCAUGGACACGCCAACAUAUUGAAGUUACUGUAACAGAUUUAAAUCUUAGGAUCGGCUUUUGUGUAUUAUGCUACCUUUAAUCUAUCAAGAAUGGAUGUAGAUCAGAAUGGAGAAGUGAAAACUAUACAAUGCUGUCCCAAAUCAUUUAAUUUUAAAAUACAUUAGAUGCGGAUUUAUCUGUGGUUUCAAACUUUCCUGCCGAUUUACCUGCGUAUUUAAUUGUUGAUAUUUUCUCCGGGUUUACCUGCAGAAUUUCCAUAGAAUCUGUCAGGAAAAUCCGCAAGAAAUAUGUUGCACAUUUUCAAAGAAGUUUCCACAUUAUCUUUAUUAUUAUAUAUGACCAUGAUAAAAUAAAAACUUAACUCACCUUUUUUUAUUUUAACUUUCUAUUCAUAUUAUUUUGUUCUACCAAUCACAAUUUUUGUAAUGUGUGGGGUACUCGUGCGAGGCAAAGAUUUAUGUCCCAGGCAAGGUAGUCAAGAUCGAGAUCCGGGUCGUAGGAUCGUAAGAUCUUACAAUCUUUUAUUGCCUUUUAGUGCUAAGAUCUUGCAGAAAUCUUUUUCAUGUGCUUUUGUAGUCAAGAUCGAGAUCUUUUAAGUAAGAUCGUAAAAACCAUAGUGCUGGGCCUGUUUUGUUAGGCUUUCUAACCGGGUCAGAUUUUUUAAGUGAACCCGAUUUUUUUGUCUUACUUAAGUUCUGUCUUUCCUAACCCUAAAAUUAAAAAUGCAAAAUGGCUGCGGCAUCUUCCUCAUACGAUACUUUCCUACUUCCACGUAAAACAGAAACUUUUCACCAUCAUCUUCGCCAUUCUUCUUCCAUUGCUAUCAUCUUUGUUCUUCUCUCUCUGUUAUCAUCCCCAUUUUGUGUUCAUCUUAUUAAAUUAGGGAUUGAUGGUUAUGAAUUAUUAAUUAAAUUAGUUGAAUGUUGUGAUUUAUAGGUUAUCUUGUUCAUGUAUUAUAAUUUUCAUGUUUUUGUCAAUGUGAAUUUACCAUUUUGCCCUUUGGUAAGAUCUUAAGUGCCGUGCUACGAUCCUAUUUUUAGGAUCUUUCACAUGCCGUCCGAUCUUACUUAAGAUCCCGUGCUUGACUACCUUGGUCCCAGGAACUACUUUUCAAUAAAAACUGGUUUAUGCUUGUGGAGAGGAGAAAACAAAUUGUCCAUAUUAUGAUACUAGUAAAUAUAAUAAUUCAAGUAGUUGCUUACCCCAAGAGAAAACUAAUAAAUUAAGUUAGACAGUGGGAGCAGCGUCAGUGGUAGAAAAGUUUCCACUUGACUCUAUUUUAAAACAUAUCUGUUCCUUGCAUUUCACCUACUUCAAUCAGUUUUGAAUAUUCAACUUAUCAAGAGAUUCACUUCAAUUUAAUUUGUACUCAUUUCAAAGGUUGCAGUUUCUCUUUAACAACUGGUUGUUAAAGAUCAUUUUGUUUCCGCAAGCUGUUUGAAGUCAUUUUAUAUUAGUCUUCUAAGAGUUUCUGUGCGACUCAAGUCACAAGGAGAGGAGAAGAAAAGAGAAUCAAUGGAAAUUCUAACUUCUGUUGUUGGAAUAGUAGCAGAUUAUACUGUUGUUCCUAUUGGACGUCAAGCAAGUUACUUGAUAUUCUACAAAGCUAAUUUCAAUAUGUUAGCAGAUCAUGUUAAAGAUCUGGAGGCUGCAAGCGAAAGAAUGAUCCAUUUGGUUGAACAAGAAAAAAGAAAUGGUAAAGAAAUUGAAAGACAAGUGCUGAACUGGUUUGAGAUAGUGAACGAGGUCAUUGAAAAGGCAAACCAGCUUCAAAAAGACCCCCGUCGUGCCACUGUUAGGUGCUCAGCAUGGCCGUUCCCUAAUUUGCUUUUGCGUCAUCAACUAAGUAGGAAAGCCACAAAACUUGCAAAAGAUGUUGUUCAAGUUCAAGGAAAAGGGAUUUUUGAUCGAGUUGGUUACCUUCCCGCUCUAGAUGGAGUAGCCUCCUCCAGCUCAACAAGAGGUGAUGAAAAAUAUGAGACAAGGGAGUCACUUAAGCAAGAGAUUAUGAAGGCUUUAACAGACAAUAAUUUACGCAACAUUGGGGUGUAUGGGUUGGGUGGGGUGGGUAAGACCACUCUGUUGGAGGAAAUUUCUGAAAUAGCAAAGCAACAAAAAUUGUUCGAUGAAGUGGUUACAACACAUGUAUCCAAAAAUCCAGACAUGAAAACAAUCCAAGGGGAGAUUGCAGAUCUGUUAGGCUUGCGAUUCGAUGAGGAGACUAUUCUUGGCAGAGCUCAUCGCCUAAGACAGAGAAUCAAGAUGGAGAAAAAUAUCCUUGUCAUUCUAGAUGAUAUAUGGACCAGAAUUGAUUUGAAGAAAGUGGGAAUUCCAUUUGGUAAUGAGCAUAAUGGUUGCAAAUUGUUGAUGACAAGUAGAAAUCAAGAUGUUUUGGUGCAAAUGGAUGUCCCAAAGAAUUUCACUUUCAGACUUGAACUUAUGAGUGAUGAAGAGACAUGGAGCUUGUUUCAAUUUAUGGCUGGUGAUGUGGUUAACAACAGGGAUUUGAAAGAUGUAGCAAUUCAAGUUGCCCAAAAAUGUGCAGGUUUGCCUCUUAGUGUCGUUACGGUAGCACGUGCAAUGAAAAAUAAGAGGGAUGUCCAAUCUUGGAAAGAUGCAUUAAGAAAGUUACAAUGUAAUAAUCACACAGGGAUUGACGCGUUAACUUAUUCCGCUUUGGAAUUGAGUUACAACACACUAGAGAGUGAUGAAAUUAAGGCUCUAUUCUUGCUUUUUGCAUUACUUCGAGGCGGUCAUGUAGAGUAUUCUAUGAAAGUUGCAAUUGGUUUGAACAUGUUAAAGAAUGUUAAUACCAUGGAUGAUGCAAGAAACAAACAUUACAGAAUAAUCAAGUCUUUGGAGGAGACUUGUCUUUUGCUUGAAAGAAAAACAAAUGGAAAUAUCGAAAUGCAUGACUUUGUUCGUGAUUUUGCUAUCUCCAUAGCCCGCAGAGACAAACAUGCAUUUCUAAGGAAAUUCGCUGAUGAGGAAUGGCCAACCAAUGAUUUUUUAAACCGGUGCACGCAGAUCGUUCUAUAUAGGUGUCAUCAUUUGCACGAGCUUCCUCAAAUGAUUGAUUGUCCAAGCAUUAAGUUUUUCUAUUUGUACAGCAAUAAUCGAUCUUUAGAAAUCUCGGAUGCAUUUUUUGAGGGUAUGAAAAGCCUUACAGUGCUAGAUUUAACAUCUCUGAACUUGCCUUCGUUACCUACUUCGUUUCGGUUCCUAACCAACCUUAAAUCGUUGUGUUUAGAUUUAUGUGUUUUGGAAAAUAUGGAUGCCAUAGAAGCUUUGCAAAAUUUAGAAAUUCUUAGCCUCUGUAAAUCUUCAAUGAUUGAUCUGCCAAGAGAAAUAGGGAGAUUGACUCAAUUGAGAAUGCUUGAUUUGAGUCAUUCAGGAAUAGAAGUAGUCCCGCCCAAUAUCAUAUCAAACUUGACUAAAUUGGAGGAGUUGUACAUGGGCAAUACCUCUAUUAAUUGGAAAGAUGUGAAUUCUACAGAUGUAAAUGCUAGCAUUGCCGAGCUUCGAAAACUACCCGACUUGACAGCUCUAGAAUUACAAAUUCGCGAGACUUGGAUGUUGCCAAGGGACUUGCAACUGGUGUUUGAGAAGCUAAAAAGAUACAAAAUAUCUAUUGGAGAUGUAUGGGAAUGGUCUGACAUUAAGGAUGGAAUCUUAAAAACAUUGAUGCUCAAACUUGGUACCAACAUACAUUUGGAGCACGGAAUUAAAACAUUGAUUAGAAGUGUUGAGAAUUUGUACUUGGAUGACGUAGAUGGAAUUCAAAAUGUGCUUUAUCAACUAAAUGGGGAAGGAUUUCCAUUGCUGAGACAUCUCCACGUCCAAAAUAAUGCAAACAUAAUGCACAUUGUUGACUCAAAAGAGAGGAAUCAAAUCCAUGUGUCAUUUCCCAUCUUGGAAACGCUAGUACUUGAUAAUCUUAAGAACUUAGAGCAUAUAUGUCAUGGUCCACUUUCAAUUUCUUCUUUUGGAAGUCUUGGUGUUAUCAAAGUAAAAAAUUGCGUCCAGUUAAAAUAUCUUCUCUCCUUUACAAUGGUAAAAGAACUUUCCCAUCUUUCUAAGAUUGAAGUUUGCCAGUGCAAUUCUAUGAAGGAGAUAGUGCUCGAAGACAACAAUUCAAGUUCAAAUAAUGAUAGAGCUAAUGAAAAAAUUGAGUUUCUUCAGUUGCGUUCUUUGACUUUAGAACAUUUGGAGACACUUGAUAAUUUCUUCUCUAAUUAUUUGACACACUCCAGAAGUAUUCAAAAGUAUCAAGGUUUAGAACCAUAUGUUUCUCCUCCAUUUUUCAAUGCUCAGGUUGCAUUUUGUAAUUUGGACACCCUUGAAUUGAGGUCACUUAAUUUGAGUAAAAUUUGGGAUGACAAUCAUUAUUCUAUGUACAACUUGACUAGCUUGAUUUUGGAGAAUUGUGGCGGGUUGAAGUACUUGUUCUCUUCUACUGUGGUUGGAAGUUUUAAGAACCUCAAACACCUUGAAAUACGCAACUGUCCUUUGAUGGAGGAGAUAAUAGUUAAAGAAGAGAGAAACAAUGCAUUGAAUAAGGUUCCUUUUUUCAAGUUAGAGAAAAUAAUAUUGAAGGACAUGGACAACUUGAAGACAAUAUGGCACCACCAGUUUCAGUCAUUGAAGUCCUUGGAUAUCAACAAUUGUGAGAAAAUUGUGAUAGUUUUUCCUUCUUCAAUUCAAAAAACUUAUAAUAAGCUAGAGAUGUUAGAAGUUACAAAUUGUGCUUUGGUGGAAGAGAUAUUUGAAUUGACUAUCAGCUGUGUAGAGGAUACAACACAUUUGAAGGAAGUUACUAUAGAUGGAUUGCCGAAGUUGAAAAAGAUAUGGAGCGGAGAUCCUCAAGGAAUUCUUAGUUUUCAAAAUCUAAAAUAUAUUCAUCUAAAGGGUUGUGAAAGUUUGGAGUAUCUAUUACCAUAUUCUGUAGCCACUCGUUGUUCACAUCUCGAAGAAGUUACGAUAAACGAUUGUGCAAGCAUGAGUGAAAUUGUUGCAGAGGAGAAAGAAUCUAGAUUGUGUGCUGCUCCCAUAUUUGAGUUUAGUCAAUUGGUUACUCUAGUGCUUUGGAACUCAUGCAAACUCAAGGGUUUUUAUGCUGGAAAGCAUACUUUAUCAUGUCCAUCUUUGAAGAAAAUCGAUGUUUCGAAAUGUUCAUCUUUGAAUUUGUUUAGAACUCUUUCAACAAGCAGCUCUAUAAGUAGUUUUCAAUAUGACAAACUCUCAGUCACAACUCAACAGCCACCUUUCAUUGCUGAAGAGGUGAUUCCAAACUUGGAGGAGUUGAGGAUAGGACAAAAGGAUGCUGUCAUGAUAUUGCAAGCCCAACACUCAACUGCCCUCUUUACCAAACUGUCAUUUCUUGGUUUGGGGAUGUAUAACAAUGAAGAGGCUAUAUUUCCUUAUUGGUUUCUUAUCAAUGUGCAUACUCUUGAGUGGUUAGUUAUUGAGUGGAGUUGCUUCAAGAAGAUAUUUCCAGAUGAAAGACAAAUAAUUGAGAAGACUAGUGCACGGAUCAAAAAGCUGACAUUGAGUUUAUUACAUAAACUUGAACAUAUAUGUGACGAAGGAUCUCAAAUUGACCCAGUUCUUGAGUUCCUUGAAUGCUUAUGGGUUUUUGGCUGUUCUUGUCUGACAAAUCUGUUGCCUUCCUCUGCCACCCUCAAUCAUCUGGAUUAUCUAGAGAUAACAUGUUGCGAUGGGCUAAAAAGUUUAAUUACAACUUCUACAGCCCAAAGUUUGGUCAAACUCACAACACUUAAGGUAAAAGACUGUAAAUCACUUGAAGAAGUAAUUACCGGAGUAGAUAAUGUUGACAUUGUAUUUAUUAGUUUGGAAGUUUUGAUGUUGGAAUGUUUGCCAAGCUUCAAGAAAUUUUGCUCUAGUAAGUGCUUCUUGAAGUUUCCAUUGUUGAAGGAAGUAAUUGUGAGAGAAUGUCCUUACAUGAAGGUAUUUUCAGAGGGAAACACAAGUACACCAAAUCUUCGAAAAAUUAAAAUUGCAGACAAUAAAGAAGAAUGGUUUUGGAAGGGAAACCUUAAUGAUACAAUAAACAAAAUGUUUGAAGAUAAGGUUGCAUUUUCUAAAUUCAAAUAUUUAGCCUUAUCCGACCACCCUGAGUUAAAGGAUUUGUGGUAUGGUCAAGUUGAUCAUCAGAAUGUAUUUGGCAAUCUGAAACUUCUAGUGGUGCAAAGAUGUGAUUUCUCAUCACAUGUACUUUUUCCUUCAAAUGUUGUUCAUGUGCUACAUGGAUUGGAGAAACUAGAGGUAAACGACUGUGAUUCAUUAGAAGUCAUAUUUGAUGUGAAAGGAAUGAAGUCUAAUGAAUUAAUAUUGAUAAAACAAUACAGUCAAUUGAAAACAUUGACUUUGUCCUGCUUACCAAACUUAAAGCACAUAUGGAACGAGGAUCCUCACGAAAUUAUGAACUUUGGAAACCUAUGCUCGGUGGUUAUUUCUUCGUGCCAAAGAUUGUUAUAUAUCUUUUCAUUGUUACUAUGCCAAGAUCUUGGAAAUCUUGAAAUGCUUAAGAUACGGUCUUGCGGAGUCGAGGAUAUUGUUGCAAUGAAAGAAGGAUCAAUGGAAAUCAGUUUUAAUUUUCCCCAACUAAAUACACUGGCACUUCAUUGUUUGUCAAAUCUAAAAAGUUUCUAUCAAGGAAAACAUACUUUAGAGUGCCCUUCAUUGAAGACUUUGAAUGUAUAUCGUUGUGAAACAUUAAGAAUGUUUUCCUUCAACAAUUUAGACUUGCAACAACCUGAUGAAAAUUCUCAACAAGCUAUUUUUUCUAUGGAAAAGUUAAGCACCAACUUGGAGGAUUUGUCAAUAAAUGCAAAGGAUGCCUUUAGAAUGUUGAAUGAUUACUGUCAAGAAAAUAUCUUUCCUAAAAUACGACAUCUUCGUUUGCAAUGUUUCGAUGAAACUCCAGCUAUUUUUCUCAAUGAUUUCCAUGCAACAUUUCCUAAUCUAAAAACUCUUACAUUGUGGAAUUGUUCUUUUAAAAUAUCAUUCCCUUCAAAAGGAACUCCUCACAAUCUCAAUGACAAACUUUCUAAGCAAAUAAAAGUGUUGUGGCUUUAUGAAAUGGAAAAGAUCAUGUAUAUUUGGCAUGAAGAAUUUUCGUUGGAUCUUGAAGGUUUAUGUGUACAUAGCUGUCCAAGUUUGAUAAGCUUGGUACCAUCGUCAACAUCUUUCACAAAUAUAAUCUAUUUGAUUGUGGAUGAUUGCAAAGAGCUGAUUUACUUGAUAACAUCUUCAACAGCGAAAAGCUUAGUUCAGCUUACAGAAUUAAAAAUAACGAAUUGUAAGAAGGUGUUGGAUGUUGUGAAGAUUGAUGAUGUAAAAACAGAGGAAGACAUCAUAUUUAAAAAGUUGAAAAAUUUGGUAUUAACUUCUCUGUUAAGUUUAAGAAGCUUCUCCAAUGGGAAACAGCCAUUCAUAUUCCCAUCUUUGGUGCUUAUCUCUGUUGAAGGAUGUCCUCAAAUGAAGAAUUUCUCAUUAGGAGUUACAGAAGCACCACACCUAACAGGAAUUGAAGUUGAAGACAAAAAUAUACGAUGGAAAGGUGAUCUUAACACAACUAUUGAACAAUUGUUCAUAGAAAAGGAAGCCCCCCAUUGUAAUAGGACCAUCAUAUCAUCAUAUUUGCAAGAUGAUGAGAUUGCAUGCGAAGAUGAUGUUCAGGUCGCAUGCCAAGAUGGUAUCAAUGCAGAUGCUAAGGAGUGAUCGACAAAGCUGUAACAGCGUAGUAUAUUUUCGGGGUGUGAAUUACAAUGCUCACACUAUCUUUAAUGGCAAGAAAUACAGAUCCAUAUUUUUUCAGACUAUCUUCAACUUUGAUCACAUCAUUCUCUACUAUCUCUUUGGUCAUCCCUAACUAUGGAAAUACUUUACUUGCCGCAUCUCGUAUGAGAUUUUUGUUAUUUAUUUAUCAUAGUUUUAUUUUAUGAAAAAAAGAGUUUAGUUAAUAUAAAAUAGUCUAAUUUUAUACUCCAUUCUUCCCAUUUCUUAUAUUUUUAUUGCUUUUGCAAUUUUAAAAUAGCUUGACAUAUAUUAAUGUAAACUGGUUAGAAAAAUGGGUCUCUCAAUGUAUCUGUUGUUGUGCCAUUUGUAAAGAAUAACAAAAAAAAAAAGUUUUUACUUCAGUUGAGUCAGAUUUUACAUCUCAAAUUUUUGUUUUGAACAAAUUUUUUUCAUCUUUGUUAUUCUCAUGGUCAUACUCCAUGAUAUAGUAGAGAAUAGUUUAACGAAGGUUUUGAUAGUUUGAGAACCCUCUCAAAUUUUUGAGAGGCUCUAAAUUUUUGUUUUGAACAAAUUUUUUUCAUCUUUGUUAGUCUCAUGGUUAUACUCCAUGAUAGUAGAGAAUGGUUUAACAAAGGUUUUUGAUAGUUUGAGAACUGUCUCAAAUUUUUGAAAGGCUCUAUGUAAAAAAAGUUGAAGUUAUCUUCACUUAAGUAAUGCAUUUAUUGAGAUUAUAUUUAACC